CAUCCUCGUGCUGCCAAUCAGUCCCAGCUGUCCCCUAUCGUUGGCACCCCGGCUGAUCCAAUGUCUCUCUCCCGGAGCCCAUCACCUGUGCCGGGUGGUGGGUGGUCGAGUCCUGGCCUGAAUAUGAACAGCGGCACGACGAGUCCUGCCAAUGCUGGUGGCAGCUCCGUGUCGUGGGAAUCCGCCAAGAUGAGGAAGCACGGUGCCAACGGCUACCCGUCCUUCUCGACGCAGAACCAGGGCUUCUUCACUCGCCACAUGCGUCGCAUAUCCAGCAGCCUGCCACGAUUCAACUCUGGCCUUGGCAAUACCCAUGCUGAGCGAGAGAAGUACGAACGCGAGGGAUACAACGCAGCCUCUGGUGGGAGGAUACGCUCGUUCUUUGCCCGCGUCAACAGAAGACUGAAGUGGAGGAUCCUCCUUCCGCUGAUAAUAUUCUGCACCAUUGCCAUCUACUACGGCACUCACGAGGCCCCCGGGUUCGUUCAUUGGUGGCGACGAUCUAGCAUGGGAGGAAAUGGCGAAAAGUUCGUCAUCAUUCUGGCCGCCAAUGUCGGUGGAGGUGUCAUGGAGUGGAAGGGCGCUCGAGAAUGGGCCAUUGAGCGAGACAGCGUACGCAACAAGCGGAAAUAUGCCACUAGGUGGGGCUACGAUUUGGAAAUCGUCGACAUGAAGACCAAGAAGCGAUAUGCGCACGAAUGGCGAGAGAGCUGGGAAAAGGUGGACUUUUUGCGGAAUACGAUGCGGAAAUACCCCAAGGCUGAAUGGUUCUGGUGGCUCGACCUCAACACUUACGUUAUGGAGCCCGGAUACUCGCUGCAACACCAUCUGUUCAACCACCUCGAUCGCCAUGUAUACCGUGACAUCAACGACUUCAACCCUCUCAACGUCAGCCACCCUCCCACCGACCUGUAUCUGGACGCAGAUGCGCGAAGCCCUGUCGGCGAUGGAAAAAUCAACUCUGUCAACUUCUUGCUCUCUCAGGACUGCUCAGGAUUCAAUCUCGGCUCUUUCUUCGUCAGACGCAGCGACUGGACCGAACAACUUUUGGAUAUUUGGUGGGACCCAGUCUUGUAUGAGCAGAAGCACAUGGAAUGGGAGCACAAGGAACAAGACGCCCUUGAGCAGCUGUAUCGAACGCAGCCUUGGAUUCGACAACACACUGGCUUCUUACCGCAGCGCAUGAUCAACAGUUUCCCCCCUGCUGCGUGCGCGGACGACUCUGGCUUGAACAACACCAGGAUACACUACAAUGAAAAUGAUCGCGACUUUGUAGUCAAUAUGGCUGGCUGCGAAUGGGGACGCGAUUGUUGGGGUGAGAUGUAUCACUACCGAGAGUUCAGCUACUGGCUCAACCGAAACCCUUGGGAACUCUUCAAGGAGGAGAUUGUGGCCCUCAUUUGGUUCAAGCUUACUGGCCAGCGAGUCAAGUUAUAAUCUUUUGCUUCAUAUUGCGUCACCAGCGCGGAGCGAGCAGUUUGACUUGGCUUCUCCAUAUCCAUAUUGUGCCGGCACAACCUCCCAUUUCACAAACCAAGAAUUAGACAACGUACUCGUUGCCGGCUCCAUUUUAUUUAGCACAGAGCAUUCUGAGAAAUCAUUUGCUUCUUCUUCUUCUUUGAUUUUGCUUGUUGCAUAGAUGCUGAUCUUACAUAUUUCUUUCUUGACUGUAUCAACGCAUCAACAUGUUGACCUUUUUUUUUUUUUCUUCACGGUUGGACGAUUAUAAUUUACGAUGGUUGGGGAGGGGGCGCUACUUUCUGAUGAGAUGACGAACUACAACUACAUCUACACCAAACGGCUGAGGCUUGCAGCGGACCGACGCGGCUUGCAAUUUUCUUCACAAUGGGGCCACAAGUUCAGCGGCUGAUGGCAGCUUUGCCGGGAAAGCGAGAUGUCAAUAUGGAGCGGAAGAGAGGCGAAACACUCGCUUCUCAAAGUCAAACAAACAUGGGGGUAUGGAGGUAUAAACAAACAAACGGAGGGGGAUUAUCCAAAAGGAAAGAAGAGAUUUGGGAAAGGCAAAGGCUCACGAUGCAUAGGGUGCCCAUUGCGUGGCUGUCGCCUGGCGUUGGGCACUUGUAACAUUUUUGGUGAAAUUUUUUCUUUAAAAAUUUUUUUUUUAAAAAAAGAAAAUCUUGGGGCGGCAUUCAAAACUGGCCGCCCGUAUUUUAUGACUGGGUAUAUACUCCAAAGAGAUAAUUCAUAGAAACGCUUUUUGUAUUUUUUGGACACUUUUCUUCUUCUUCUCUUUCUUCCACUUUUUUGGUCAGCCACUUAAUUGGUGAUACCUACACUAUUAGAAUAGUAAAUAUAUCUUAUGUAGAAAAGGAAAAAGAUCACCAAGCCGUUAGAUCUACGU